AUGCAUAUGGGUGAUGCUGUGUCGGAUGAUGUGGGCUACACCCCUGUCUCAGAGAUUGUUUGUGAGGCCCUUAGCCUGGAGCCGGAGAUCUUUCCGUUGCGAUGUGCGGUUCUUAAGGCCGACUUCCCAUCUACCUUCUUUACUGUGCACCACGAACUCCCCACAUCUGCUGCAACCUUUCACGAAGCCGUUGUCAGCUGCUUCGUGAAACAGGAGGGAGAUGUCGCAUGCUCGCAGAUUGCCGCUCUAAGGCCACAAGCACUCUGCCCUUUCGCCUCGUUCGUUCUUGUGCCAGAUUGGGCUGCCCAUCUCGGUAAGGUUGUCUAUGUCCUGGACUUUUCCCGAUGUGGGGGUCCCGCGUAUGCUGUGUGCAACUGGAGCCAUGUCACAUGGGCUCACCUUGCUACCAUUGCUGGCAUACAUGUCUCAGGACAGUGGCACGUCUUCGCACCAAAGCAGGCCAAACCACUUGAACCACAAGACUUUGUUACCGCGUUCAAUGGUGACGUUUUUCGAUUUGUCCCGGAGGGCACUUCUGUCGGCGACUCCCCCACACUCCGAGCAAAGCUCACCCACUACGGAUACUGGGGGGACCGGGACGUCGUUCCUGCCUUUGAGACUGACACUGCCGAACGCUGGCUCUUCCUUCGCAGUCAUGUUACCCGCACCCCUGUCUGCUGCGCCGACAGCCAUGAAGGUUUGUUAAGGGCUCUUGCUGAGUCCACGCAAAAUGAGCCGGAGGAGCUGUCGUUUGGUUUUGCAAGGCAUGACAGCCCACUUCUUGGCACUUUGCGUCAUGGGCGCCGCAUUCACGGGGUUGCAGCAGGAGAACCACGGCCGGCUUCUGGCAGUCAUGUCAAGGAGUAUGCAGCUAUAGCCUUCCUCGAUCCCCGAAGUGCUGGUGCUGAGCCGUCCAUGCUUGUGUGCAGCCCGGGAUGGUUUGAGUUUGACAGGAUAGUCCGGUUUCUCGCUGUGAGGGCUCCUCCCGGCUUCCAACCAGUCCCGUACGGGGUUCCGUUUGUGAAAGGGCGAGUCUAUCUGACUCAUGAGUGCACUGUCGCGAUCUUUCUCCGCCCAGGACGGGCGCCUCUCGAUGCAGCUGCUGCGCCUGUUCCUGAACCUUCGGGGCCCUCUUCCAGCCCCAUAGCGCCGGGACAUGCACAUGUCGGACAGGCACGGGGUAUUGCGCACUUGCCUACCCGUUUCGAUAGACAUUCAGAGGACGGUCCUACUGCGCACUUCGCGCUUGACCUUGCUGAGGAGGUUGUUGCUGAGGACGAACAGGGCGAGAUUGUUCAGGUAGGCUUUCUCCUGUUCUCGCCGCGAUAUGCACAUGAGGUUGUUCAGCUUGCCCUGCGUUUGCCUGGGGCUCUGGGGGACAUCCUUUCUGAAGUCUCCUCGGCCAGGGACAGUGCAGCCUCUGUGUUUUUUGAUAGCCUCACUCCUGUUGGCCCACAACCUGACUGUGGGUUUGUUGCGCUACUUGCGAUGCCAGAAUGGGAUGACCAGGGCAGUGUCAUCCUUGUCGACGCACGCCAAGUUGAUGGGAGAAUCUUUGCCUUGACCCUCCCCUGUCACUGCAAGCGUUCUUCCUUGUUAUUGCAGGCUGAGGUCGCUGAUCGUCCUGGAAUGCAGGUACUGCUAUAUGGUACGGACAUGACACCUGACCAGCUCUACCGCAUAUAUCGGGGCUCCCUUAUCAGGAUCUUACCUGCUGGUGCGCAGACGCCCGUUGCACUUAGAAUUGAAGACCUGCUUGUCGUUGGGCGACAGUGGACCAUUCCAUGCCCCGUCUAUCCAGGGAUCCAGGAUACGGCUUUCUGGACUCUUUCUGACGCAGGUCAUAAACUGCUGCCGAUUGCGGUUAGGGACUCAGAUUCGUCUGCCGAGCUCAAAGAAGCGACCUCUAGGGCGUUCCUGUACAACAUUGAGCAAACCACAGUUUGCCCGUCGGUUCCACGUGUCCGCGACGCGUCCUACAAAGGGCGGGACUGUGCUGCUAUCCUGGUUUCUACGGAGUCUAUCUCCAGACUGCCUAUCCCUCCUGGACUCCCCCUGCACCGUCAGCAUGUCAUCAUCCUUGACGAGAGGUUGCUGUUGCGAGAUUUCUCCUGGAGGCUUGCGGCACAAGGGGUUGUUGACUUUGAUAGUCUAACUCAGGAAUACCAGGCUUUCGCACCAGAGGGUUAUGCCAUCAACAUCAAUGGCGGACACCCCGAGCUCCGUGGACAGCGCACCUUGCUGCACGUCACGACAGCGGGUGCGAACCUGAGGAUUCAGACUCUGACCCGAGCAGCGGUGCUGAUCGGCCUUCACCAGACACACCCGGCAGUAAUGUGCCUGCAGUUGAUUGCCCUGGAGACCAUUCUGCUUCUCGAAGCCGGUCUCCGCGCAGACAACGGGAAGGAACCUGCCGUCUUUGCCAGCUGCCAGACAGAGACUCACAUUACUUCCUUCCUGCCACAUGUUCCCACCUCUGCUGUCUCCUCUGGUGAAGGUGUCUUUACCUGUGCGUCUUCGGACCAACCCCUUCAUGGCGCUGACAGUUUUGACUUUCUUCAAUACUAUGCAGGUGCUGUUGGACUCCCUUGGAGAUACAGCUCUGCUUGGGAAAUUCGGAUUGGCGACACCCGCGUGCAUCCCUACCAGCGGCGCGGCCCUGUUCCACUCCUCUCUAUUGUGCUUAUCAGCGGUCUUUUGGUCCAGACUGCUGCCGCCUGGGGGCCCUCCAGUGAGGAGGCACAGCAUGGUCAUCACAACUUUUCGGCUCUGCCUGGACCUGAACUGCCCCUGCCAUCGCAGCCGCCUUCUGCCUGGGUUAGCCAACGAGAAGAAGGGCUGCUGUCUUUGCUACUCCUAGGGGUCGUAGAUGUCAUGUGUGGCAACACUUUUAUCAGACAUGCUUUUGUUGAAAGCAGGUGGUGCUAUACCUCUGUCCUCCUCCUUGUGAGUGCUCAGCUUCUCCUCUGUCAUUUUCUGCACUGUCGAGCCGGUAAGUCGAUCGUGUGCCAUCCAUAUCGCCGGCAUCGGAUCCCUGACUCUCCGAGCCUUGCUGCCGCACUCGAAGGGGUCACUCGGCAGGAGAACCCGGUCCUUCGCUUGUUGCGGCACUUCCAGCCUGACCACACUCCAGGGCGUGUUGAUGACCCGCCCUUUCAAGUGCAAGAGCCUACACCUGCGGCUGAUGACCAAGUUGACGGCCUGGUUAACGGCACUUUUGCCGUUCUUGCAAUUGAGACGAGACCGGAUGUUGUUGCUGUUCCUUUCCGUGUGCCGGCGGGUCCCGGCCUUGUGACUUCCCAGGUGCAGUCUGCACGAUUCCCACGGCAACGGGAAAUUUACCCCAGGAUUCUCGCCGUCAUGCCGCAGCCGCGACAGUAUGCUGUCUUCCUUGCGGUCCCAGCUUGGCCAACACCAGCACUCCCAGUCUUGUUUGACUGUCGCGCCUUUAGUGGCGUCAUGCAUGCUGCUCUUGUUCCUUUUACUGCCACGAGAGAGGACAUCCUUGACAAUGCUGGCAUUGACAGCGGAUCUCUUGUUGAUGUUUGGGUACCGUCGCAAGACACCCCUUUACAACAUGGCCAAAACGCGUCUCUCUUUGAGGGCGCCUUGGUCACCAUUUCUCCUGUUGGCGCUGCCCCGCCUGUCUAUUGGGACUUUCGUGCCAUGUUGCAGUCCACACAAGGUUGGGAUGCCAAUAUAGUACUCCCAUUCAGUGUUGCCACCGCGUACCGGAUCCUGUCUGACGACCUGCCGGCACGAGUUGAAGUUGAAGAAGGUGGCCGCCUGACUAGGGCUGCUAUUGCGGAAGCCCUUGAGAAAGAUCCAGCAGAUCUCACAAUUGUGCCAGCGCUCCCUCCGAUUCGGGAUAUUUUUAGCCUGGGCUGGACCUCUGAGACUGUCUUUGUCGCGUCUACCCUCAUCCCGAGACAUCGACGGGACCCAGCUGGCCCUAAGGUCCUUGUUAUUGACCAACGGCCUGUUUUUCAGGGCAUCACAUGGCGUCUUCUAGAGAGUGAGCUUCUCGACUUGCAACAAUUCGUUGAUGACUAUGCCAAUACGUGUCCUGAUGGCUACCAUGUCUCUGUGCAAGGGGCCCCCUCAUUCGAGGCAGAGGAUGGCACUUAUCUUCGCAUUGAGGAUGGCAGACACCUCGUCGUUCAAUUUGUCCUCCCACAUGACCAGCCGACCAGUGAGGACGAGGAGUCAGACCAGGAUGCCGAUCUCCAUGACACUACCGCUGCAUGUGACAGUGAUGAUGCGGCACCUUCGCCCUCUUUUCUGCCUCAUACUCCUGCAACUGAUCGCAGCCGCUCACCGAGAGGCAGCCUGGAGCACGACGAUCCUCCGCUUGGAGAUGCGGCAUCAGCUGACGUUGACCCAUGUGUUCUCUGUGGCAUUGAGUGCGCCGUCCUUGCCCCUGAUUUUACGCCGGACAGAUUCCAGGUUGAGGUACAGGUGCCAUGCCCACUUCCUCUAUUCUUAGGCCUCACCACUUUCGCUCUCUUCGGCAUCAAUCGUGCCGGUCACAUAGGACGCCCUGCCUUUCAUGACCUAUACUCUGGGGCUCCUGCAGGGGCUCCUGAACAAGAUGCACAGGAGCUUUUUGAUGCCGCACGGUUCGUUCUUGGGCUGUUUUGUGCAUUUGUUGAAAGCCAAUGGUGCAUUAUCCUUCUUCUUGUCAUCGGCGGUAGCCGGAUCGGACUUGUUGCAAUCCGUGCCGUUACUACCGGCGCAGUUGAUGCCUGCCUUCCUGACUCCUGGGCCCCAACUGUCCGACGCCUUCAUUAUGACACAAGCAUUGUUCGUGGUCUCGGCAGGGGCCCGGUUUUGCAUGUCAUUUUCCUUGCCUGCAUCCAGCUGGCCUCUGGUAUGCAGGGCACCCACAUACGACACAAGCUACCUGAUGAGCUUGUUGCUCGACCGUCACAACGCGACCUUGCUAGGUCUGUUGCCGGUAGGGCAAGACCUGUUCCUACCCCGUGUCGGACCCACCACAGUGCCUUUGACUCCCGGGUCGAUUCAAGCCUCACGGGUCAUGGGCCCGGGGAUUUUCCAUUCGAGCGUGACGAUUUGGUUACAUUGCUUGAGCAGAGUGUUGGCAAUGGUGCUCCUGCCUUCAUGCUUGCCGCUACCUGUCUCGACACCCUCAUUGAGCACUUUGCCGAGGUGAGAGCCGAUCUCUCUAGUAGUGCUGCUGGUCCAGACGGUGGCUUUCUCCGCCUGAGUGCCUGCUUGCCCGCAUGUCCGGUCGUCGACGUCACUGCUGUAGCCAUGCAUACGCCGUUCACCCCGGAGCAAAUUGCGGGUGUGCUUGGUGGCUUUUGGCAAGCAGACUCCGAGUUACCUCCCCAUAUCUCACUUCAUCCCGCUACUGUUCACGCCCUCAAGGCACAUGUCAGUCCUGCUGACGUGGUUGGAGCCGGCAUUGCCCGCAUUGAGGUUUUCACUGAUGGCUCCUUCGAUGGCUUGCGAAGUGCGUGGGCAUUUGCUGCUGUCGCCCACUCUAGCAUUGGCUCGUGCCUUUUUGCAUGGGCGCGUGGGGAAGUCGCGCUGGUCGCGCAACCGUGGUUCAUUGGGGUUACAGAGCAUUCUGCCCUCAACGCCGAGCGCUCUGCCUUGUUCUGGGCGCUUUGCUGGCUUCUGGGUAUCAACCGUGCCAUUCCUCGCUCCCUUCACAGUGAUUGCUUGGUUGCCGCAGGACAGGCCAGAGGUACCUUCGGUUUCUCUAGCGGGAUUACUGUUGCUAGCGCGUGCCGUGCACUUACCCAGGUUCUUGAAACCAUUGGUGGCUUCACCGCCAGGUCUAUUUCGCACGUCAAAGGGCAUGCUGGACACCCGUAUAACGAGCUAGUUGACGUUCUAGCCGGUGCUCAGGCUCUGGGCGACUCGUUUAUACCAGCCAGGUAUGAACGGCUGUGCACAUGGGCUGUUCAGGGCCAUCUUGACUGGUUGUGGCUUUCUGUUGCUGCGACCCUGCAGCCUCAAUACUGGCCAACUGUGCAAGGCACCUGCCUCACUGAUUUUACAGGCGUUGCCACGAUGACUAGCGGCGGACUUGAGCCACGAGACUUUUUUGGCCCGCAGAUUGCGGCUGCUACGGACCCGGCUGCACCUACCGCUGCUUUCCACAUCGAUGCGUGUUUCGUCUCUGUCAAUGUUCAAUCACUUUGUGAGGAUGAACGCAGUGCGUUGCCCAACCGGGCUCCGUAUGUCAGAGCCCAACUUGAGACGCUGGGUUGCUCCGUCGCUGGGCUUCAAGAGACAAGGGCAUGCAAUACAACCACUGUCCUUUCCCAAAGUCAUAUUCGGUACCUGUCCGCCAGAGACGCCAAGGGUUGUUAUGGAGUCGAGUUGUGGUUUGCCAGAACUGUGCCCUUUGGGUGGAUUGGUGAGAGACCAAUCUAUUUUGAGCCUGCCCAUUUUCGGGUACUGCACUGGGCACCACGCCUGUUAGUUGUCAGAUACACCCGUGGGUCCUUGCGCAUUGUUUUCGCUACCUGCCACGCGCCCUCCGCUGACAGUGCUGACCGACUUCCUUGGUGGAAGCAGUUUGUUGACAAGCUAUUAGUCCUUGCCAAUGGAGACAAAGUCGUCGUCUUGGGGGAUCUCAACCUCCGCCUUGAACAGGAGCUCCCGGGCAGGGUUGGUAGUCUUGUUAAUGGGGCCGACUCUUCCGUUCCCGAGCCCUUCUACAGGCUUCUUUCUGGCCUGGACCUUUGGGUACCGUCCACAUUCACAGGCUGCCAGAUUGGCCCGGGACAUACUUGGGUUGCGCCUGGAGGCAACCAGGUCUCACGCAUCGACUUUAUUCUCUUACCUGCAGGAUGGCAUGUCCCAUGGGGUGGGGCGUCCGUCUUACAUCAGAUCGAUUUUGGUCAAACAGGACUUGACCAUUUCGCAGUUUGCGUUAAAUUUGAAGUCCACCUGCAGGCGCGCCUUCCCUUCCAGACAGGGAAGCGUGCCUUUGACAUCCGGGCGGCGUGCAGUCCUGACUCUUCAGAGGUCAUCCAUGCCAUAUGCGAAGGUGUACCUCGUGUGGAUUGGACAAUAGAUGCCCAUCGGCACUAUCAUGCCGUUGCCUCGCAUGUUCUCAGGGGCCUUUCUGAGCAUUUCCCUGUGAGCGGCGCUGUCUGCCGACGCCCGUUCUUUUCUGAAAAGACUUGGGCCUUUCGCCAACAACGGGUUUGGUUGCGCAAACGGGUGCACAGAGCUAGCCAUAAACUUGCUACCUUCCUUAUCGCGAGUGCAUGGCGGGCUUGGCUUUGUGCUGAUGGGUUGGGUCUUUCUGUUGCCAGGACUUGGGGAGUCCUUCUCCGCAACCUGCAUUCUCUGCGUUUGUCCGUCACAGAGCUGCGUCGCCUCCGACCUUGUUUUCGUCAAUCGCUUCAACUCGACAGGCGUCAGUACUUGGCAGAAGUCGCCAAUCACGCCGCCACUUCUCGCACAAAGGAUGUUGUGCAGAAGUUAAGACCUCUGCUUGGCCCCCCACGGCGUAAGCAGCGGGGUGUUGCGCCGCUUCCCGUCUUGACUCUUGAGAAUGGCGAUCUGGCCUCGACGCCUGCCGAAGCCGACGCCCGCUGGCUUCGUCAUUUCAGUGCUGUUGAGAGCGGGGGUCCUAUCUCACCGGAAAGUCUUAUCGCACGCUGUUAUGCCAGACAGGGCGGUGUUGACCUCGAGAUGCUCCAGGUUACCAGGGAGGAUCUUCCCACGCGAUGGGAGCUUGAAGCAGCCAUGCGGGCUGCUAAGCUUGACCGCGCCUGCGGCAAUGAUGGCUUCCCUGCAGAUCUCCUCCAUCUGUUUCCCGGCCAGAUGUCGGAACUUUUCUACCCUAUCCUCAUGAAGGUUGCUUUCCGUUUGCAAGAACCUUUGCAGUUCAAGGGAGGCACAGUUCGGCAGAUCUGGAAGCAAAAGGGUCCCGUAGAUGACUGCUCGAGUUACAGGGGCAUUUUGGUUUCGAACGUGGUAGGGAAGACCAUGCAUUCUGCUUUUCGCAAAAAGUGCGGCAAAUGGCUGGAUGCCGUGGCGUCCCCUUUGCAGGUCGGCGGAAGAGCAGGAUUUCCCGUUCAACUGGCGGCGCAAUCCGCUAGGGAUUUUCAGACUGGUUUCCUCAGACAGAAGAAGAGCGUUGCCAUCUUGUUCCUGGAUCUGCGUGAGGCGUUCCACCGUGUGAUACGUCCUCUGGUGCAUGGCGGCGAUAUGGCCGAUGAACAUAUUGCUGCCAUCAUGCAAACUUUGCACCUUCCCCCGCACAGCCUCCAUCGCUUCCGGGCACACAUCAGGGAAGGAUCUUUGUUGGUUGGAGCAGGGGCGUCUCCUUGGGCCGCGGAGGUCGUUAAGGAGUUUCAGGCCGAUAGCUGGCUUACGAUCGGCAGCGGAUUGGCUGUCGUUGAGUCAGGAACGCGUCCUGGAGACGCGCUGGCGGACGUCCUGUUUUCGUUUCUUUUCGCUGCGGUUUUGGCUAAGAUUCGAGGGCAACUCGCCAGCAAAGGUCUUCAGGUCAGGCUGCCGUGGAGUGAGGAAUGGUUCCGCAACCUUGAGGUCGACCACGAGGCUGCUCCGGACUCCUCCCUUUCACCUAUCGAUGUUGCCUGGAUGGAUGAUCUUGCGGUUCUCCUCUCGGCCGAAUCACCGGAUGCCUUGGUCGAAACGGUUUGCCAGGCGUCGACCUUUUUGGUUGACGCUUGCUUGGAAGCGUUUCUACAGCCCAAUCUGGCCAUCGGAAAAACUGAAAUCCUCAUGUCCUUUGCUGGGGCUGGAUCACGCAAGCUUCGUUGUGAGAUCUUCCGCGACGCUGACCCCUCUUUGCCUCUGCGUUCCCAGCUCUGGCCUGAUGCUAGAGUAAGAGUUGUACCUAGGUAUCGGCACCUAGGUGGCACUCUGCGUUGGUCUGGGUCUCUUGAACCCGAGCUACGCUCCCGAGUAGCGCAGGCUUGGCAAGCUUUCAGGAAACACAAGAGACAGGUUUUUGGUUCUCCUGUUGUGUCGCACCGGGAGAAGGCUUUGCUCUUUCACUCCUUGGUGGUGUCUACACUACAGUACGGAGCCGGGUCUUGGUCACAGGAUCUCCCUGCAGUUGUCGACAAGGUCCAGCACACACUGCUGGCAAUGGCCCGGCAGAUGUUGCGUCCAGCAUACGACUUCACUGCUGCGUGCCACCUCGGAGCCCAGAAGAUCCUUGCGAUUGCGCGUCUACCGUCCGCUUCUGUCCUUUUGCACUUGGAACGCCUCCGACACCUUGCCAUUCUUGUGCGUGUGGCACCAGCCGACUUCUGGGCUAUUGUCCAUCAUGGUUCACUGUGGUGUCCUCUUGCUCGAGACUCUUUGAGUUGGCUUGCUGCGCAAACUUCCCUGAACGGCUCUGCGAGGCCGGAGCUUGCAGAUUGGGCUUCGGUCAGGGUGUUCCUCCUCGAGGCCCCGCAGGCAUGGAAACGUCUGGUUAGGCGUGCCCAGCGCACUGCGCUGCUUGUCGAGUUGUGGCAGGCAGAGGUGCAGCAUUUUCAUGGUCUCCUCCUCCGUGCCCUUUUGUCAGCUGGUGCAGUCUCUACGGAUGAUUCGCUGGUUUGCUCCUCUCAGUGUGAGAUAUGCGCAGUGUGUGGGCAGCGGUUCUCCACACUCCGCAACUGGAGUCACCAUGCAUUCAAAAGGCAUGGCAGAAUCAAAGAGUCGCGGUACUACGCUACCGGUUCUCAGUGUGCUGUUUGCUUGAAGCAGUUUGCGUCGACUUUCCACUUGAGCAAUCACUUGGAUAAUUCGGUUGCUUGCUUGGCUUCCUUGGUACACGGACAUCAGGCUUCGCCUGCUAUGCCGGGUCGCAACAGCAAAGGGUUUAAGAAGGUCCUUGACGUAAUGCUGCCUGCUGUUGUUGCUAGUGGACCUCGGCAGCCCCCUUGCAAUGGACACUUUGUUGUUGAAGCGCAGCGUGCACAUGAGGGCAUCCUUUCUGCACUGUCGGAGAUCUUUUGCCACCCGGAGGACCACCCCUCCUUUGAGUCCCUCGUCUGUGCUGCCCGCACCGCCUUUUGCGCUGCUUGUUUGCAACAGUCCCGUCUCUCCGCCACGGCCAAGGCUUGGAAGGCUAUGUUGGAGGAGGAGCUUGCUUCGUCUUUGGAUGUCGCUGCCCACUGGAUCGACUGGCAGCGUCGACUCGCGGACUUCCUAUGUUCUGUCGAUUUCGCUGAUUGGCUAGUCCCUGAUACGAAGGAUCCGCUGAGAGUCGUCGCGACAUUUCGGGAGGCCUCUGUCCUUCUGCCAUGGCUUUCCUUUGACUCCCUGUGCCUUCCGCCCCCGGGCCCAUACGAACCGGAGCGACGUAUUUUGGUUUCUGCUGAUCGUAUUGUCGGUGGUUGUCCAUGCGAUUUAGCAGUGCAGUGGCUUUCUCAUGCCUCCUGCAAGCAACAGCCUGAGCUUCUCGACUUCUUGGGAUGGGCCCAGUGUGGUGCUUCACUCAUCGUCGGGUUGUCUGUUGUUGGACUGCUGUCAUCCCUGUCUGUGCCAUCACCCGUCCGUAGUUACAAGUCCCUCGAGCCCAACCUGGCCUCGUUGCGGCUCUUUGCUGACAUUGUACGGGGGACCUUCUUUCUUUUGUCCAAGGGUGUGCGUGCCUUUGUUGUGUCCGCCCAGAUUGACUGCCCUGGACUUUCGGCACUGGGUAAUCUUGCCCCAGUCAAGGAGCGCAUUGGCAGUCAGGAGGUGUUGUCCAACUUUGGCAGGGUUUCGGCUGCUGGUUUUUGUUUCACUUCAAUUAAUGCAUGUACAUAG